CGCAUCAUGCCGCCCCGUCCCUCCCUCCCGCUCCGCACACAAACCGACGCCCCCUCGGAGCCGCCAGCAGAUGCCACCAAGCCAGACGACACGGCCAUUGACGACGUCUACGCGCAGGUGGACGCUACCGGCUCGCUAGAAGCCGCAGCGCGCAAGCUCGCUGCCAUUGCUGCCGCUGAGGCCGAGGACGGCGGGGUCACGCCUGUGGUCGUGCAGCGGCGGCAGGUGUGGGAGGACGAAGACGACGAGUAUUUCUACCGCGGUGGUGGGGGGGAAGCAGAAGAGGAGGCGGAGGAGAUCGAGCACCUGCAGGAGGUGUACGAUGGCUUGUGGGUCGGCGACCUCGUCGCCGCUAUGGAUGGUGAUGGGCUCCGGGAGCGGCGCAUCACCAACAUCGUCUCGCUCCUCCGCCCGCGACUCCACUUCGAGUCGUCGUUCGCGACGUACCCCGUCGAGAUCGACGACGUCGCAACGAGCGACAUGCUGCAGUAUCUGCCCUCGACGUCGGCGUGGAUCGGCGAGGCGCUGGCAAGACGCGCAGGCGAGGCCAUCACCGAACGCAGCGGCGACAUUGCGCCCGGCGUCGGCGAGACGACGGCCGGCGCAGUCCUCGUCCACUGCCAAGCGGGCAUGAGCCGCUCCGCGACCGUUGCGGCUGCGUUCCUCAUGCGCGCCGCCGGCCUCGACCCCGUCGAGGCCGUCGCUGUCGUCCGUGAGGCGCGCCCAGUCGUCGACCCCUCCGAGACGUUCUGGCACCAGCUCGGGCUGUACUACCUCGCCGACGGGCGCGUCACCAUGAAGGACCGCGCCACGCGCCAGUGGUACCUCGAGCGCACGACGGGCAUGGUCAUGAACCAAGGCGCCGCCCCGUCAACCGAGCACAUGGCGCGGUAUCCCGCCACGCCGUCGGCGUCACAGCCGCCCACGCCGUCGGGCGGGCAGGGCCGCAGGAAGAUCAGGUGCAAGAUGUGCCGCCGGCACCUGGCGGUGCGCGAGCACAUGAUGGACCACAUCCUGGACCAGAGCCCGAUCAGCCGGCCGCGCACACCGUCCAACAUCACGCUGCCUGGCCCGCUCGCCAUGACGGCAGAGCAGGCGCCGGCAACCGAGGGCGUCGCGGACGUGAUCAACCCCCUGACGGGGCUGCCGCUGUCCAAGUCGCGCCGCGGCUCGUCUGCAGGCGACGAGGGCCGGCCCCGCGCGCGCUCCAUCCUCGGCGGAAGCGGCGCGCCAGAGCCCAUGACGUCCAGCGCGAGCGUGUCGCGCCGGCCGAGCCAGAACGCGCGGCCCAUCCUCGACGCGGACCAGCUCGCUGCGCGGCUCCCCCCGCAGCUCGCGGCGCUGCGCGCAGCGCAGAGCGGCGGCGCGUCCCCGGCAACGUCGACGGCAGCGAGCUCGCCCGAGGCGAGCGGCACCCCGCUCUCGGCCGUCGCGAACGCGCCCACGCCCUCCGCGCCGCCCCGGCGCCCCUCGUUCGGCAUCGCUGCCCCUGCGCCCAUCCUCGUCAACCCCAAGUGCUCGGGAUACUUUGUCGAGCCGCUCACGUGGAUGGAGCCCGUGCUCAACGCCGGCGGCGUGAGCGGCAAGCUUGUGUGUCCGAACGACAAGUGCGGCGCCAAGAUCGGCACGUUUGACUGGGCCGGCAUGCAGUGCGGGUGCCGCGAGUGGGUGACGCCUGGAUUCUGUAUCCACCGCAGCAAGGUCGACGAGGUGUGGUAA